AUGCUCCCCCGCGAGUCCGCAAAUACACAGUUCUAUCAAUAUGGUGAUCCUACCGUUACUGUAUUUAGCACUGGAUCGGAACUAUGCUUAGAAGAUCACAUGGUGGUACAUAGUGAACCAUGCAGCGGCGUAGAUACCGGUCCCACCCCGAGUCCUGCCCCAUCGGCAGACGUGAUUCAGAAAUCUGAAAGUGAAAAGUCGACAAGCCCGGAUUCACAGAAAGCCCAAGGAUCACCGGAUAAAAGCAGAGACCAUGGACACCUUACCACGAAUGGUGUGUGCACUCGAAGUGAUCUUAGGAAGCCAUUAUCAAUCAAAGUAGAUGCCGUCAAACUUAUGCGACCCACCAAAGAAGUCCUCCCUGUGCUGAAACGAGACAAAAGAAACGAAGAACGAAAGCAAUGUCCAGAUUGUCCAUUUGUUGAAUCUGAUGAAAUGAUAUUUAAAAUGCACAGAGAAAUGCAUGGCGGACGUACAAGAGCGUAUGCCUGCAAUUUGUGUAAUUAUAGUUGUUUUGCCGCUGAAGCUCUUCACUGGCAUCUCUCGCUUCAUCUUCCACCACUUAGUCCAGCAAGUGCUUUGAUUCAGAGGAGACGUGGUUUAGGCCGUCGUAGUUUCCAGACCUCUGAUCCUAUCCCUUUUGGUGCCAAGCACUUUUCCUGCUCUCAGUGCUCAUUCCGUACGGUCAGCGAAGCGAACUUUGUACAACACAGACAACAACAUGCACAGCAUAUUCAACAACGACUAGUCACACAAAUGAAACGUGCUGCAGUUGAAGAGGAAAACAAAAGAGCAACAAAAUUCAAACGAGUGGCUAAGAAAAGCGAUAAAAUGCAUUCAUGUGUGAGAUGCUCAUUCCGAUGUGAUACAUCGGUAGCAUAUUCCAGACAUAUGGAAAUGCAUAAUCAGAAUGCUUUGUGCAAAUGCAGGUUAGUGUUUAUUAUUUGUUAUUUUUACUCCGAGGGAAGCAUAGGAGUAAUACUAGGAUCAUAGGG